GGGAAAAAUACGUUGAACCCGCAUUCUUGGGCUGGACCGCUCGCCGUCGCCUGCUGCCACCUCGCCGCCAUGGGAUGCCACAGCUCCAAGCCUGACAGCGUGGGCACGCCAGGCCUGCACCACAUGCGGGCGCCCAUGGCCGACGACCACCUGCCCGACGACCUCGCGUCCGAGCUCGUCCAGCACACGGUCGUGAUCGACAUCAACGACAUCUUCGAGUUCCACGAGGAGCUCGGGAAAGGCUCGUUUGGCCGCGUCGUCCGCGCCACGAACAGAAAGAGCGGCAAGGUCUGGGCGGUCAAGAUCGUCGACCUCGGCAACGCGCUCGACAAGAGCUCGCUGCUCAACGAGAUUAGCAUCGUCAAGCGACUCCAGCACCCGAACAUUGUGCGCAUGAUUGCCUCGUACGAAGACGCCAAGCACAUGUACAUGGUCAUGCAGCUGCUUCCUGGCCACGAGCUCUUUGACCACUUGUACAAGUCGGACAAGACGUUUUCAGAAGCCGACGUGCGCAAACUCGUUCUGUGCUUGCUACGCGCCGUGGCCUACUUGCAUUCAAACCAGAUCACGCACCGUGACCUCAAGCUCGAGAAUCUGCUCUUGGAAAACGAGCUCCAAAUGACGUCGCUCAAGCUCUGCGACUUUGGUUUGAGCAAAUUCAUGCAAAAGGCGAGCGGCUUCAAAAAUUAUGUCGCGCCCGAAGUGCUCGACGGCGACUACAACGAAAAGUGCGAUCUCUGGAGCAUCGGCGUGCUCUGCUACGAGCUCCUUACGCACAAGUCGCCGUUCCAUGGCGCGACGACGGACGAGACGAUGGGCAAGAUCUUUGAUGGCAUCCAGCCCAGCUUCUUCCAAGGCGAUGCCUGGAAAGCCAUUUCGCCCGACUGCAUCAACUUUAUCAAAUCGCUCAUGCAAGACGACCCGGACGAGCGGCUCUCGGCCGAGCAAGCGCUCAACCACCGCUGGAUGCGCACGUCGGCGUCCGGUGUCAUCGAUGAAAACAAGCGCCAGCUCUUUAUGAAGAUGGUCAGCUUUGGAAAAGGUCAAAACAAGCUCAAGAAGACGGCGAUGCUCUCGAUGGCGAUGGGGGUCGGCGAAGCCCACUGCAAGCCGGAAAUCGUCGCCGAGGUCUUUCACAGCAUGGAUCUCGAUAAGAACGGGACGCUGAAUGCGACCGAGUUUUGCAAGGCGCUUGAAGACUAUGGGCUUGGCCACGAUGAAGCCAUGGACGCCUUUGCGCGCAUGGACCAGAGCAAGCGCGGCAAGAUCAACUACAUUGAGUUUGUCGCUGCGGUCCUCGACGAGUUUGGCGAAGAGACGAUGAAGGAAGCGUUUUCAAUGCUGGACGCAGAGAAGACGGGGCGCAUCUCGGUCGUCGGCCUCCAAAGCGUCUUUAAAAACAUCCAGGCGUGCGACCUCCAGGAAAUGGUCCAGAGCGCCGAUAUCAAGGGCGACGGGACAGUCGACUAUGAAGAGUUCAAGAUGAUGUUCCAGUCGACGCCCGCCAGGCUGGACCAAGCAUCGCCGCCGUUGUUAUCGCCGAGCGAACUGCGUCUCGACGAGGCGAGCAACUGUUUCCGGUCGUCCCGCACGAGGAUGUCUCGCCGACCGAGGUGA